UUUUUUUUUUUGAGAGGGAGUCAGUCUGUCGCCCAGGCUGGAGUGCAGUGGCACAAUCUCCGCUCACUGCAACCUCUGCCUCCCAGGUUCAAGUGAUUCUCCUGCCUCAGCCUCCUGAGUAGCUGGGAUUAUAGGCGCGCACCAUCACGCCCAGCUGAUUUUUGCAUUUUUAGUAGAAAUGGGGUUUCCCCAUGUUGGCCAGGCUGGUCUCGAACUCCUGACCUCAGGUGGUCCACCUGCCUUGGCCUCCCAAAGUGCUGGGAUUACAGGCGUGAGCCACUGCACCAGGCCUGUUUGGUUGGGUUUUUAAAUUUUUUUAAAAAGUUUUUGAGAUGGUGUCUCACUCUGUCACCCAGGCCGGAGUGCAGUGGCACAGUCUCAGCUCACUGCAACCUCCGCCUCCCGGGUUCAAGCGAUUCUCCCACCUCAGCCUCCUGCGUAGCUGGGAUUAUAGGCACCCGCUAUCAUGCCUGGCUAAUUUUUGUAUUUUUGUAAAGAUGGGGUUUCACCAUAUUGGCCAGGCUGGUCUCGAACUCCCAACCUCAGGUGAUCCACCCACCUCGGCCUCCCAAAGUUCUGGGGUUACAGGCGUAAGCCGCUGCACCUGGUGGGCUUCUAUUUUGUUUCGAAUGGUAAGUGCUGUGGUUUGAAUGUGUCCUCUCCAAAAUUCAGAUGUUGCCAGUGUGAACGUAUCAAGAGGUGGGGCCUUUGAAGAGGCGAUUAGGCCAUGAAGUCUCCUCCCGCGCGAAUGGGAUGAAGGCCCUUCUGAAGCAGCAUCCAGCCUCCUGCUAGGCUGCUCUGCUGCUACGGGACAGAGCAAGAAGGCCCUUACCAGACACAGACACUGGCCUUGUUGAGGGCUCCUCCUGCAUGAAUGAGAUGAAGGCCCUUCUGAAGCAGCAUCCUGCUAGGCUGCUCUGCUGCUACAGGACACAGCAAGAAGGCCCUUACCAGACGCCAGACACUCGCCUUGUUCCCAGACCUCCCAGCCUCCAGAACUGUUCUGUUCUUUAUGAUUUACCUGGUCCCAGGUAUUUUGUUAUAGCAGCACAAAUAAACUAAGGCAGUAAAUAAAUAAUUUCCUUAAUUUUUUUAUCGCAGUAAAAUAUACAGAACAUAAAAUUCACCAUUUUAACCUUUUUUUUUUUUUUUUUAAAGACAGGUUCUCUCUCUGUUAUCUAGGCUGGAGUGCAGUGGCACAAUCACAGGUCACUGCAGCCUCAAACUCCUGGGCUCAAGGGAUCCUCCCCCCUCAGCCACCUGAGUAGCUAGGAUUACAGACUAUGCCUGGCUAAUUGUGUCCAGCUAAUUUUCACCAUGUUGCCCAGGCUGGUCUGGAACUCCUGGCCUCAAGCAAUCGGCCCACCUUGACCUCUCAAAGGACUGGGAUUACAGGCGUGAGCCACCACACCCGGCCUGGCCCUAACCUUUUUUUUUUUGAGACAGAGUCUCGCUCUGUUCCCCAGGCUGGAGUGCAAUGGCUCGAUCUCAGCUCACCACAACCUCUGCUUCCUGGGUUCAAGCGAUUCUCCUGCCUCAGUUCCCGAGUAGCUGGGAUUACAGGCAUGCACCACCACGCUUGGCUAAUUUUGUAUUUUUAGUAGAGAUGGCGUUUCUCCACGUUGGUCAGGAUGGUCUCAAACUCCCAACCUCAGGUGAUCCGCCCACUUUGGCCUCCCAAAGUGCUGGGAUUACAGACAUGAGCCACCGCACCCGGCCUGCCCUAACCAUUUUUAAGUGCACACUCCAGUGGCAUUAAGUACAUUCACAUUGUUGUGCGACCAUCACCACCAUCUUCUUCUCCAGAUUUUUUUUUUUUCAGAGGGAGUCUCACUCUGUCACCCAGGCUGGAGUGCAGAGGCUGGAUUUCCACUCACUGCAAACUCCGCCUCCUGGGUUCACGCCAUUCUCCCACCUCAGCCUCCCGAGUAGCUGGGAUUACAGGCGUGCGCCACUAUGCCCGGCUAAUUUUUGUAUUUUUAGUAGAGACGGGGUUUCACCACAUUGGCCAGGAUGGUCAUGAACUCCUGACCUCAGGUAAUCUGCCCGCCUCAGCCUCCCAAAUUGUUGGCCUUACAGGCGUGAGCCAUUGCACCCAGCCGUGGCUGACUUUCUGCACAGAAGUGCCAUCUACCUACCGUCUGACCUCUGUCAUGUGACCCGGGGCAGGGGAUGUGACAUCUCCACCUUCUAAGUACCCCUGCCAUGGGGCAGCUCCCCUCUCAGGUGCUGGGGCUCAGGUCCUCUCCUGGGUCUCAGCAGGUCAUGGUCUGCUCCAGGGCUAUGCAUACUGGUUUCAGUAAGUGUUUGGCAGAUCUGCCCCCCAGCAUGGAGCAAGUGCUGGGUCAGGGUGCAGUGGACUCAGUAUCUCUGAAGGAGGAGAUGUCUCUUGCCCUCUCUCCACAGCUAGAGCUUUCACUAGCUACAGAGCUACAGCCAACUCCUGCACCAGCUCAGAAGGUAGAGCCAGCUCCGGCUACGACUCGGGUGCUAGUUCCAGGAUCAGAGCCAGCUCCAGCAGCAGCUCCAGCAGCACAACCAGAGACAGGGGCAGCUCUGGCCACUUCUGUGCCGGCUCCAGUAUAGCUCCAGCAUCCGCCCUCUAACCAGGACCAGCUCUAAAACCAUUUGCAUGGUUAGGGCCAAAUAUCAGCAUCAGGUUCAGAAAAAGGGCCAGGGCCAGCAUCAGCUACAGGACCAGCUUCAGCACCGCGGCUCACACCAGUGCGGGUUCCUGUACCAGCUCAAGAACUAUGGCCACAGCCAGCACAACUCCAGAUCUCACUCCAGCUGCCGCACCAGCUCUACCACCUACUCCAGAAACAGAGGCAGCUCUAUCACCAAAUCCGGUGCCACCUCUGGUGACUGCUCGGGCACCGGCUCCAAAACCAGUUCCAGGGUUUAAGCAAGUUCCAGGUGUAGACCUCCAGCCAGUGCCAGGUUCAGAGGAAGGGCCAGCUGCAGCACCACCUCCAGAGCCAGAGCUGGCAGCAGAUAUAAAGCGAUGGCUGAUUGCACAACCAGAACCAGAAUUAGAGGCAGCUCCAGAGCCACAGCCACCUCAGACCUGCACCAGCUCCUGCACCAGCUUCAGAAUGAGAGCCAGCGUUCCCGCCAGCUCUAGAGCAAAAUCCAAUCAGGAACCAGCUCUAGCACCACAUCCAGAGCUAGGACCAGCUUUGACACUUUUCCCAGGGCAAAGACUAGCAACAGCAACACAGCUAGAGGCAGCUCCAGAACAUCAGUCGCCGGGGCAGAGCCAGCUUGUCUCCAACAACCAUGUCAGUGCUAGGACAGAGCCUGCACCAUCUCUGGAGGUGGAGCCUGCUCUGGUGCCAGCUCCAGCCCCAACACCAGAGCUAGAACCCAACCUGCCGGUGGGGCCACACAGGGAGGAGCCUCAGACCACGCAGUUGCAGCCCAGUUGCAAGGUGUCCUGGGGUCCUGGGCUGGGGCUUUUCUUAGGAGCCCUGGGGUGUUUUCUGGCUUUGCAAAGGCAAUGAAAAUUUGAGUUGAAUUUAUUACCAGCUCCUGCCACCUCUAAGCCAGCACCCGAGCUGGAGCCAGCUCCCGCACCCGGGCCUUCCUGGCCUUUGCCUGUGGCUGCAGAGAGCAGGCUGAGCGAGAAGCCUCAUCUCCUGGUGUCCCCUCCAGGCUUAAGGCUAGAGCGGUGUGCGCUGUGCAAUGCGGAGGCUGCCCAGCCCCAGGACAGCAGCGCGGCCUUCCUCCCAGCCCCUGCGGCUCAGACCUGUCAUCCCCUGCUCUGGAGCUCGCGUCCUGCUCCGAGUCCCGGCUCCACCGUUCGCAGCCCGGCGACGGCGGCGAGUCGCUUGGCCGCGAGGCCUCGGUGUCCCGCCCUGCGCGGUGACCGAGGUCCCAGGACACAGCGCAGACAGGGCGCUACGCAGGCCUGGCCGGGGUCACCCCGCCUGCCGGGACCCUCGCCCGUCUCAGCACUCAUUAGGCGCCUGGUGUGUACCCGCGCCCAUGGCCGACACCGGCAGAGCCCCUGGUGGGGAACGGACGGGGCGCGUCGCGGGAGCCCCAUGCUGCCCCGGGCGGGCGCUGCUCGACAGUCACGGGAGCCGCCCAGAUGGCUGGGACCACUGGGACCACUGGGACCACCGGGACCACGGGCUCGUGGAGCGUCCUCCUGACCUGGCCUGGAAAUCCUCCGCGAAAACGGGGAGCCGCGCGUGUCCGUGGCGUGUCCGGCACCCGGCGGGUUGGAGACGGCGCGGCCCCGGCUGCUGGCCCUGUGGGGCGGUCGCGGUGCAGGACACGGGUCACGGCGCUGCCGCUGCUCUGCGUGGCAAACCCACGCGCCCACCCGCCAGCCACGGAGCGGCGCCCACCUGCGGGCGCGGGGAGCGGCACGGCAGGGGACCGCUGGGGGGCGCUGCUCGGGCGGGACGGAUUGACUCGUGCGGGCCGCCGUACACGCUAUAAAAGGCGCGGCGCGUCUCCUCUCGUCCUCUGCGCGCGCCGGCGGCUGCCAUGGCGGGUAGGCAACUGGCCUUCUCCUACCGGCCCGUUCCCAAGCGCCUCCCCGGGUACCGCCCAGCAGCCUCGCUCUCCCUGGCGCUGCGCGGCCUAGGGGACUCGGCUGCCGGCUUCCGGGUGCGGGGUGGGGGCAGGCUCUGAUUUGGGGCGUCCUGGCCGCGUGAGCCGCGGGAUGGGGGCCCGGGCCCCGGAGGAGGCGCCGCUGCUGUGUCCCUUGGUGGAGAGGGCGCUGCCGGCCCUGCGCGGUUUCCAGCCAGGAAGCUUCGGGAAGCCUGGACGUCUGCUCACUGGAAACGACACGUGCAUGGGGUGUUGGGUAAGUUGGUGCAUUGGAGCUGGAACAGGGUCAAUCCUCCAGUGUAACUAAGCCCUGCUAUGCAACAUCUUAAGUGACUGGAGGGACCAGUCGGUCUUGUGUUCACAUUGUGGCUAGAAGCUGUCUCUCCAGGGGAAUAAAAACGGAUUAUUUCGUCUUCAACAGGACACUGCCCCUAGAGGCGUUGCAGCUGUGGCUGCCAUGUCACAUCUGUGUCAUUAGGCGGCAGAGAUUAGAGAGGCUAUGUCUACGCUCAGCGUUCUGCCCCGUGAACGUUUGAAUGUUUGAUAGUCUGACACUCCUGUUUCGUGGACAGGCGUCUGUCUUCCUUCGCUGGUAUUUGGGAGAGAGGGCAGGCCCUGUGCGUUCUAAUCCUCUCGCUGGGCUAGGCUGGCAGCUAGGGGUCUGAAGGGACAGUGGGAAGGUAGAGGGUGCCUUCACCAGGAGCAGCCUUCAUGAGUGAGUCUUAAGAACCUGUGAGGAUCAGUCAGGUCUGGUGUGCGCUGGGUCCUGCCGUACACUGUGUCAGGAUCACGCAGGACAGGACUGGGGAAGGGUUUGCUGGCGUCUCAGUUAAUAGCAGUAAUGGCAGCCACUUGUGUUCUUGAUUCUUUGCCAAGCAUUCUUGUUAUUUAACACAGGAAGGAGGUGACUUUGCCUGUGAUGGACUUCCAGUGUGAGCACUGGCCACAGUGACCAGGCCGACUGGCACCAGCCCUGAUCAACGUAAGAGAUGCAGAGGCCAGGAUGUGGGCCCAGCCCUGUGCCAGGAGGCUGGCUGGAAUAAAGGUACAGAUACAGGCCUCACCCCCUCUGGGACCACUGGCACUCAGGGUGUUUGCAGCGUCAGAGCCCAGCUUUCCAGAAGCCCACCUGCCCCCAGGGCCACAGCUGCAGCUCCUGCUCUGCUGUCAUUACAGGGAUGGGCAGGCUGGCAUGGGGGCACCCGCUGCCCCUGGCUGGGUAGUGCUGUGUAUUCCCGCCGGCCAGGGGCCACUGCCAGGACCACCCCUCCAUUUUCAUAUCCCGAUUCUUAAGUUCUGCCAUUGUGGUAUUCUGGUGGAAAAAAAAGAACCGCUUGGCUGUUUUUGAACUGCCUGGAACCUAAGAUCCUGAGUUUUUUCCCCCCCAAGGGGGAAAUCUAUAUUGAAAACAUUUAUUUUAAAAUACAGGAUGAAGUGAAUUAAGAUUAAAUGAACAUUUCUUUAAGGAUAAUAUUCUGUGUUGGCAAAACUUGAGAAUAAAUUGGUCUGGAAUGGAA